AGGCAUUUGAGGUAAAGUAUUUAAGGCAAAUUCCCAUCCACUGUGUCCCAUUCGAGCGGGUGCUGUAGGCAGAAGUGUAUUAUUAGGACCCUUUAGGAUCAAACCGGAAUCAUUUCGACGUCGAGCUGCGAGCAGUUGACAAUAUGACCAAACUGGCUUUGGUUUUUGUGCUCUUUGCGGUCGCGAGCCUCAUCGACGCCCAUGGAACACCCUGCGCCACCACCGACUACAACUGCAGAUGCACUCGCCUCCUGGGGAAGUCCCUCGGAUGCGGAGGCCGCGGGGGAGGAGGUAAAGGAUUCUUUUCAGGAGGAGGAAGAUGGGGAGGAGGGAAGAAGAGGCAUGGUGGAAGAGGAGAAGGAAUGGGAGGACGAAGGGGCCAAGAUAUGACAGACUGCGCUAAUGAAGUCGGAGUUACAGUGCCUCCCAGGCCAGAAUGGGGAGUCACUCCGAAACCAGAGCUUCCUGAUGCAUUACGCAACUGCCUGAUCAGGAAGGGAUUGGAAAAGAACUCACUGCUGACCGCCACAGGAGAGAUCAAGCAGACUGAAUUAGUCACAUCUCUGACGGGAAGCCUCACAAACAACAGACGGGAAACCCUGACUGCAGAACAAAUCACUGCUAUCACCAACGAAGUGCCUGCAUGUGACACAAGCACAAAGUCACAAACAAAUAAUUUCUUACUCUUCCAAAACUGCCUGGUGACGAAAUGCACUACGACCCUGGCUACUCGUUAAGGAUCCAUCCCGAAGACCUCCUAACUUCACAUGAUGAACUCCGUAACCUGACGCACCCAAUCCUUAGCAAAGAUUUGACCUCUCGAUGUUCAGGAAGAAAAAAUGUUAUUAGGAAGAACAAACACAAAGCCAUCAACUUUGAAGACCCAGUUAUUUCAUGAAUAAAUGUUAUGCAUAUU